AUGCUUUUGUCUUUUGAAGAGUGGAUCAAGGAUUUGUUUACAAAUCAUCAAGGAUGGUUUCUUACUGCUUUAAGUUCAUUAAUGUGUAUCUUUGGAGCUGCUGUGAUAUAUUUGGACUUACUAGUACGAGUAUUUAACAAAAGAUCAAAAUUUGAUAUUAAAAGUAAUGAGAAAUUUUUAAUAUGUGGAUUUAGUUUAAGUAGUGGAUCAUUAUUAUUUACAUCAUUUUAUAAAUUAUUACCAAAAGCAUUAGAAUAUUUCCAAAAUGCAUUAAAUGAACAAGAAGAAUCAUCAAGUCAUAAACAUGGUGAUGGAUUAAAACCAAGUUUAAGUCUUUUAAUUUAUUUUCUUGUGGGGGUAUUCACUUGUGAAAUUUUAAAUUAUUUUAUUCAUCGUUUUACAAGUAAAAGUAUAAUUCAUUGUAAUCAUAGUGGUGAAAGUGAUGAAGAAAGUGUUGAUGAUCAUAGUCAUUCUGGUCAUUCACAUAGCCAUGGUGGACAUGGUGGACAUGGUCAUGAACAUCAUGAACAUGAACAUGAACAUGAACAUGGUCAUUCUCACUCAACAUCAAGUGAUGAUGAUGAUGGUGAUGAUAAACGCUCACAUGAUAAUCAUGAUCAUACAACAAGCUUCCAUGUUGAUGAAGAAUCUUUAAUUGCAAAUGAUAUACCCCAACAAUUUAAUUAUGGAUCAAAUGAUUUAUCAAAUCCUUUAGUUGUUCAUGAAACAACAAUUAUUCAACCAACUGAAACAAGUUCACCACAUAAACAAAGACCUUCAUUAAUUACACAAAAGAGGAAAUCAUUUUUUGAUCUUGCAUUAGGUAAACUGAAAAAGCAAAAUUCAUGUAUUGGUAUUGAUGAUGAAGAUUGUGAAGGUGUUGAGAAUUGUAUUAGUGAUGAAUUAACAAAUAAUGUUUCUAAUGAUUUACAUAAUUUGAAUUUCUAUAGAGGUUUAAAUAUUUCCAAAUCAAGACAAUCAAUAGUUGCUUAUACAUCAAAUCCUUCAUCAACUGGAUUGAAUCAAACUUAUCAACAACAUCAACAUCAGCUACAACAACAUCCACAUCAACAUCAACCAUUUGAUAUAGAAGCAACUUCAAAUACAGAUGAAAAUUUAUUAGAACAAGCUAAAUUAAUACCAGUAAAUCCACCAACAAAUAUUAGAUUAAGUACAGAAGCUAAUUUAGAUAAUCAUCAAAAACAUAAAGAUGAUCAUCAUCAUCAAGUUACAACUCCAAUUUCCAAAUUAUUAGCUAUUGGUUUACAAACUUGUUUAGCUUUAACAUUACAUAAAUUUCCUGAAGGGUUUAUAACAUUUGCAACUUCUAAAGCUGAUCCAAAAUUAGGAAUUUCAAUAUUUUUAUCACUAGCUAUUCAUAAUAUUGUUGAAGGUUUCAGUAUGACAUUACCAUUAUAUUUAGCUUUUAAUUCAAGAUUUAAAGCAUUCACAAUUACUUUCUUACUUGGUGGAUUUAGUCAACCUGUUGGUGCAGCAAUUGCAUAUUUAGCACUUUCAGGUAAAGAUAUUGAUAAAAAUGCAUCAUUUUAUGUAUUUGGGAUUUUGAUGAGUAUUACAUCUGGGUUUUUAUCUGUUAUUAGUUUACAAUUGUUCGCAAGCUCUAUUAAUUUUGGUGGUCAUACAAAUACUGUUAUAAAAUGGUGUUUAGUUGGUGUUGUUAUUAUUCAAAUUUCAAGCACAUUAACUGAGUAUAGUAGUUGA